AUGUUCGUCCUCACGCUCAGCGACAUCUUUGUCGUCAUCGCGGGCUUGUGCGCGGUCGGGCUGCUGCGCUGGAGGAGCUGGAAACGGGACCACCCGGAUGUCAUCGUCGAGCAGCUGUUCCUGUACCCUAUCAAGGGCCUGCGGCCGCUAACGGCGCAAUCCCUCGAGCUCGCCGACCUCGGGUUCAAGUACGACCGGCGCCUCAUCCUCGUCUCGCCCGCCGCCGAUGGCUCGCACGAGUGCCACCUCGCGGCGACCUAUCCCUCUCACGCCCUCCUUCGCCAGUCGAUCGACUGGGCCGCCAAGACGCUCACCAUCACGCCACCCUCGCCAGGCGACUCCCCGCUCACCGUUCCCCUCUCGCCCUCGACCGCCGGCCUCGCCGCCGUCAAGGUCGAGCUGCACAGCUCGCCAACGCUCGCCUACGACCUCGGCGACGACGCGGCCACGUUCUUCACGCGCCAUUCAGACGGCAAGGAGACGAGACUCAUGUUCCUCGAGGAGGACGCCAACGCGAACCGCAAGGUGCUCGGGUCGAUCGCGCUCGGAGCGGACGAGAACAUUGCCUUCCAGGACUGCGCGUCCUACAUGAUCGCCUCGUCGAGCUCGCUCGCCGCCUUCUCGCACGCCCUCGGGCGCGACAUGCCGAUCGAGCCUCUGCGGCCCAACAUCGUCGUCGGGCCGGCCAAGCCGGGCGGGCUCGCGCCGUGGGUCGAGGACUGGUGGAAGGAGCUGCGGGUCCAGGGGAAGACUACGUUCUGCAUCACGUCCAACUGCGUGCGGUGCAUCUCGCUCAACAUCGACUACGACACGGGCAAGCGGCUCGAGGGAACGGGCUUGCCGCUACAGACGCUCGCCAAGGACCGUCGGGUCGACUCGGGCUCGUACAGCCCCGUCUUUGGUCGCUACGCCUUCUCGGCCGACGUCGGCCACGUCGUCUCGGUCGGCGACAAAGCGGCAGUGACGGCGCUGUACAAGCAGAGGACGACGUUCAGCUGGCCUGGCAUGUAAUGCGACUGCUCUUCUUUGC